UAGAGUAUUAUGGGCUAUCCAGCGUUAUUGAGGCAGAGAGCUGAGGGAAAAAAUAGCUGCGAGGUUGAAGUAAACAUGGAGCUCUCGGCUGUCGGGGAGCGCGUUUUCGCCGCCGAAUCCAUCAUUAAACGGCGCAUAAGGAGAGGACGGAUGGAGUAUCUGGUCAAGUGGAAAGGCUGGUCUCAAAAAUACAGCACCUGGGAACCGGAGGAAAAUAUUCUGGAUGAGCGUCUUUUCGCCGCAUUUGAAGAAAGAGAGCGCGAGAGGGAGAUGUACGGGCCAAAAAAGAGGGGACCUAAACCAGAAACAUUUUUAAUGAAGGCAAAGGCUAAAGCAAAAGGCAAAAACUAUGAGUUCAGACGGGAAAUGUCUCGAGACUUACGGGUGUCGUUCCCGGUGGCUGAACCGGUUGUGACGCCCAGAGCACGCGAGGGUCUGCGGACAGUCGUGCCGACCAUAUUUCCUCCGAGCACCGUCAACCGAGGCGAAAGCGUCCGCCUCGACAGAGACCCGCUGGCCCCGGGGGCUCCGGUGCACCGGCCGCUGGAUUUCGCCGACUCGCCAAAAAAGCGAGGACCAAAGCCGAAGUUGCGUCCGGCAGGCUCAACCGCCGAAGGCGUUAAAAGAAAGGCGGACGAGCCGCUGUCUUAUCGGCCUUCCAAAACCGAGAGAUCGGGAGAGACCUCGAACUGUGACGUGAUUCAUUUCACCCAGAAGUUUCGAGCCGAGUCCGGCCACGUUCAGAAGCAAAUGGGAAGCAGGUCGAGCGGGGUCAAGUUCACACACGGCGGCGGCAUCUUAAAGUCUGGACUCAGCGUUUUGGGACAUCGCCGGAAGGACGGCUCGAGUGGUGCCAUAAACCAAUCCAAGACGACGCAUCCUCCCAAAAACAAUCUGUUCCGAUCCGCCGGUCGAACCAGAGAGCAGCUGUCUCUGAGUUUUGUUGACGAAACCGAUCAGUCCUGGUUGCCUUGUUUGAAGAAUAUGGAGAAAAUCAUUGUUACCGACGUAACGAGCAACUCCUUGACUGUCACCAUAAAAGAGAGUUCGACGGACAAAGGCUUCUUCAAAGAAAACAGAUGAUUUGUUUGAGUUUUUUACGUUUAUGUAUGUAUGUAUUUGUGUGUACGAAAUAUCGUAAUCGAAUUAGAAACGACCUACAUUUCUAUAUCAUUUCUAGUCUAUAAAUGUAAAACCUUGCAAUCGUGUACAUAAUGCGAAAAACAAAUAUAUAUAGUUUAUGUUUAGCUUACAUUUCCAUUCACGUUUUCUAUGAAAAUGAAGUUUAUUUUUCUAUUCCCCAGAUUUUAUGUAACGUCGGUUCCUUCGUUGGGUUGCCUUCUUCAGCUUUAUUAUGAAUGUAGGUAUAGAUGCUGUUAACACAUCAUUAACUUCGACUUAAUGCACCUUUUUAAGGGACACAUUGUUUAGUCCCUCUUUUAUGAACUUACGGUAUUUUUCUGCUUAGAUUUUGUAUAUAUUUGAAGGUCCAAACAGUAGACUGUAUUAAAGCACACCCUUUAAAAAGAGUGAAGGGAAAUAAGCUAUAUAUAUAUAUAUAUAUAUAUAUAUAUAUAUAUAUAUAUAUAUAUAUAUAUAUAUAUAUAUAUAUAUAUAUAUAUAUAUAUAUAUAUUAUUAAACCCGUUUUAGGCUCAUUUUAGGCCUAAAUAUAUAAGGCACAAGCAAUUAGCGUUUAGAUUCGUUAUUUUUCGUUUUUUUCUGUUGAACAUAUAAUUGAUGCGGAUUUAAACAUUUCAGUACGAAGCUGCUUUACGAUCAUUUUCCCCACUUGAACGAAAGAAAGUGUUUGGUUGGUACAAAUAAUGUCAAACAUGCGGAAUACCCAAGUGAUGAAAUUCAAUUUUUUUUUUAUUACGUUUAAACGAUGUCAACCUGUUCAUUCACGGAUUGGUGUGAAAAGGAGUUUAUUUUUUUUGCAGAGAGAACUAUGAUUGUCACAUCGAAAAUAAAAGUGUCAUUUAGCCAUGUCUGUAACAUUGAUUCAAAACCAAGUCGAGUCGCUUUAUCGUUUUAUAAAUAAUUUAACGCGUUGUUUAAAACCCGAAAGCCCUUUAAACGGGUUUUGUCACGCAUUUCUUUUUAAACAAAGACUGAAAAAAGUGGUAAAUAGAUAUAUAAUAUUUUGAACGACGUUUUUUUUAAAGAUCGGAUAAUCGUCCGUGACACUUUUAUAAUGUAAUUAAUUUCAACGUUUUAAAAAAAAAGUAGUAAUAAUCCAAGUUAUACAAAGCAAGCUCGCGAAAGUCGAUCAUUCGUCGUAGCUCCGUUUUAAACAUUUCUAUUAUAUGUUAUACGUAUAAAAUAGUGCUACAUAGUUAUUUAAUUCUAUACAUUUUAUUAUUUAGAGUAAUAAGCCACCGCGCUGCCAUAAGUGUCCUAGCGAACAAUAAUUUGUCAAAUUUCUGUUUUGAUUUUCAAAUGAUUUCAGUCCGUCGCUUAAUGUCCGUCAACGAACCCCGCUGUCGGACAUUCUUAAUAUUUUCCAAUGACCGCAAAAUGCGAAGGUUAAAAUCGGUUUCACUCGAGUCGGAAUUUCGAAUCGAAAUGUAAAAUUCUAUAAUAAUUUCGCGCUCGUUGAGGAAGUUCAGUCCACCAAAAGCCACAAGAUGUCGCCAUGAACUCGACGCGACAGUUCUGUAUUCCUUUUAACGAUCCCUUUAAUUCCUUCAAGUCUAUCGCUGAUAAACUCUGAUUUUUGCUUCACAGUGAAAUAUAAUACUCAAACUGGUCAGUGUGUCAAAUGUCCCCGUGCUGUGUAUUUUCAUUGGUUUCGUUUUUCGUGUUUUGCCAUUCAAAUGUGAAAAUAAACAUUAAGAAUUCAACGCCCAAGCGCUGAAAUAAAAGUGAAACGACUUCUCA